UGACAGUGUGUGUGUGUGAGAGAGUGUGUGUUGUUGGUGUGUAGUGAUGUUCGUGUUGGUGGAGAUGGUGGACACCGUCAGGAUUCCUCCAUGGAACUUUAACAGACAGCUAAACGGCGCAGCCGCAGAAGAGCUGAACAAGAAGCUGGCCAACAAGGUCGUCUUUAAUGUUGGUCUGUGUAUCUGUCUCUAUGACAUCACCAACAUGGAGGAUUCCUACAUUUUUCCCGGAGACGGAGCCUCACACACCAAAGUUCACUUCAGGUACGUCGUGUUUCACCCGUUUCUCGAUGAGAUCCUCGUGGGAAAGAUCAAGUACUGCAGUCAAGAAGGAGUUCACGUGUCCAUGGGAUUCUUUGAUGAUAUCCUCAUUCCUCCAGAGUCGCUCCAACAGCCCGCCAAGUUCGAUGAGGCCGAGCAGGUUUGGCUCUGGGAGUACGAGACGGACGAAGGAGCUCACGACCUCUACAUGGACCAGGGGGAGGAGAUCCGCUUCAGGGUGACUGACGAAGUCUUUGUGGACACGUCGCCAACCGGCCCAGCCGCCGCAGACACCGACACACCUGCACAGCCUGGACAGUCUACUGCACCGCCCCCAGAGGGCAGCGUGGAGAAGAAAGAGGCUCCGUACACUCUGAUAGGGACAAUCUGUGAGCCAGGGCUGGGGCUGCUGUCAUGGUGGAAUAAUUAACACCACAGAAGAAGAAGAACUUCAGAGAGAUGAGGGACAUACGGGAGGAGACACGGGAGGAGACACGGAACUCUCUGUGUGUUGGCUGGAUGGCGCAGAGAGACGCUGAUGAGCCUCCAUGUGUCCUGAAUAAUAAACAUUCACAAACCACUUCCUGUUUACAUGAAAAAUAAGAAACAUGAUUUUAUAUAAAGGAGCAUCUGAGUUCUGUUGACCUUCACCUGGAAGAUUCUACUUGAGAGUUUGAUCCUGGUUUAAAGAAAGACGAUGAAAUAAGUUCUAACUGAAGGAGGUGACAUCACCUGAGCGUGUUACAGGAGGACGCCACGCCCGUCAGAGUCACAAAGUGAGAACAUCGGGACAUGUAGAUUUGUGUUUCUUCUUAUUUGUGUUCUCAGUUUGUUAAACCACCUUGAUGACAUAAUAAAAGUGCGUGAUCAGA